AUGGAAUAUGAAGCCAAGAAAGGGAAGAAGGGCUUUGUGUCUCCCAUCAGAAGGCUGGUGUUUCCGAAGGCUGCACGGCAGGCUGCCUUCAGGAGCAAUGUCAGUCGCAGGCCCCUGCAUUCUAUGCCCCUUUAUCCUCCUGACUACCUCAUCGAUCCCCACAUCCUGCUGUGUGACUACCUGGAGAAAGAGGUCAAGUUUCUGGGCCACCUCACCUGGGUGACUUCCUCACUGAACCCCUCCAGCCGAGACGAGCUCCUGCAGCUGCUGGACACCGCCAGGCAGUUGAAGGAGUUGCCUCUGAAGACCACACCGGAGCAGGACAGCAUCCUGAGCCUGUCUGCCCGCUGCCUGCUGCUCACCUGGCGGGACAACGAGGAGCUCAUCCUGCGCAUCCCCACGCACGAGAUCGCCGCUGCCUCCUACCUGCAGGACGACGCGCUGCAUCUGCUAGUGCUUAAAACUGGUCUGGGCGUGGACCCGGGCCCCAACCCCCUGGAUCCCCAGAACCCCAGCCCCGAUGCCUACUGCAACCUGGUCAUCCUAGCUGUGGCCAACAGGGAUGCUGCUGAGGAGUCCUGUGCACUCAUCUGUCAAGUCUUCCAGAUCAUCUACGGGGAUCAGAGCAUUGAGUGUGUAGACCGGGCCGGCUACCACUACAGACCCACACCAAAGAGGCCGUGGCUCUCCAGCUGCAGUGAGAGCUGCCGCACAGAUGGGACAUUUGCCUACGACGCCGACUUGAGCUGCUGCAGCUCCUUCAAUGGUUCCCAGGACACAUUUGAAGCAUGUUAUAGUGGUGCAUCCACGCCUUCUUUCCACGGCUCCCACUGCAGCAGUAUCGACCACAGCAGCUGGGCCUUUGAGCAGCUACAGGAUUACAUGGUCACACUGCGAAGCAAGCUGGGUCCCCCUGAGAUCCAGCAGUUUGCAAUGCUGCUACGAGACUAUCGCCUAGGGCUGCCUAUCCAGGACUACUGUGCAGGCCUGCAGAAACUCUACGGGGACCGACGGAAGUUCCUUCUCAUUGGGAUGCGGCCCUUUAUUCCGGACCAGGACAUUGGCUACUUCGAGAGCUUCCUGGAGAGUGUGGGCAUCCGCGAGGGUGGCAUCCUCACCGACAGCUUCGGCCGCAUCAAGCGCAGCAUGAGCUCCACAUCUGCCUCUGCCGUGCGCAGCUACGACGGGGCGGCCCAGCGGCCGGAGGCCCAGACCUUCCACCAGUUGCUAGACGACAUUACACACGACAUCGAGGCUCUGGCCCCCGACGAUGACGUCUAUGAGGAUGUCUCCCCAAGCGGCGGCGACCAGGGUGAAGACAACUACCUGUAG